AUGGACUCUCUUUCUUUGGUGUCAAAUGGAUCAGGCUGGUCCAAGCUUCCUUCAGAUAUCUUGGACAUGGUUUUUAAACGUCUUGGGUUUGCAGAUUUCCAACGAGCUAAAUCAGUUUGUCCAUCUUGGCUAUGCGCUUCAAGACAAUCAGCACCAGACAAUCAGAUCCCUUGGUUGAUUCAAUUUCCUGAAAAAGGUAAAGAUUACUGUCUCUUGUGUAAUCUUGAGGAAAAAGAGAAGGUGUAUAGAAUUCAAGAUCUUGGUGAUGAAUUCGCAAAUAGUCAUUGCUUGGCUAUUUAUGGAAGUUGGCUCUUGAUGAGAGAUCCAAGAUAUAAUCUCUAUGUUAUGAAUCUGUUUACUCGCGAGAUGAUAAAUCUUCCGUCUGUGGAGUCACUCGUUGGUAGGUUAAAGAUUAAACGAACCAUCGAUGAUAUGUUCAGUAUAAAAAUUAAUGAUCGAUAUGAUGAUGAACAUGUUGAAGAACAUAUCAGAUUUAACCUGGAGAUUGACUUCCCUUUAUUAUGGAUAGACGAUAAAACCAAAAAUUAUGUAGUUAUGUGGUCAAUCCGAAACUAUAUGAUUUAUUCCACAAAAGGAGAUUAUUGUUGGAAACAUGUUGAUUAUUGUAGUCUUAACACGCUAGGCGCUAUCGCUAUGGUAUGCUUAGAUCAUAAGAUUUACUUGUAUAGUAACUCUUGUGAUGUCAAGGUCUUAGAAAUUUCGGGUGCUAUUCCCAAGAAAAUGUUUGAUACGCAAGUUAAAGAUGAUGUGAGAAUGCCACGUCGCUAUCUUCCAAACCGUGGCGGUGUGAGGCAUAUCGAGAGAUCACAUCUUGUUGUCACGAUGAAUGGAGAAGUCCUUAGAGUUAAAAGCAUAACAAGGAGUGAUUCUGAUGUUUGGUCGUUUCACAUCUACAAGAUGGAUUUUUCAAAUAGCAAGUGGGAGAGACAACUAAUUACUUCGUUGGGAGAAGAGGCAAUACUUCUGGAUCAAGGUAUCACCGUGCUUGCCAACACGAUCAAAGGAAUCAACAAAAAUUCAAUAUAUUUUAGUGGUUUUCGUUCCCCUCAUUAUUCCAGAGUUAAUCGUGUUUGUAGUGAAAAAGAUGUGUUUGUCUUCAAUCUCGACACACACGAGGUUGAAAGACCACAUCAAAGUUUUUGUUCGUCCAUCAACCAAUCGUUUGAUGUUCGAUGGUUUGUGCCAAAUUACGAACGUAAAGGUUGA